AUGAUCACUAGGUCGUUGGAGAUUCGCGUGGGCGGGAAGUACCGGCUUGGUCGUAAGAUUGGGAGCGGUUCCUUCGGCGAUAUAUUCAUCGGGACACACAUUACCACCGGCGAGGAUGUGGCGAUAAAGCUAGAGUCCCACCGAAGCCGCCACCCGCAGCUGCUGUACGAGUCCAAGCUCUACAAGCUGCUGGCGGGCGGCGUGGGCAUUCCUACAAUCCACUGGUACGGGAUUGAGGGCGAGUACAACAUUUUGAUUAUGGAUUUGUUGGGACCGUCUCUGGAGGACCUGUUUACCAUAUGCAACCGUAAGCUGAGUCUGAAGACGGUCCUGAUGCUUGCGGACCAGAUGCUGAACCGCAUCGAAUAUUGUCACUCGAAGAACUUCAUCCACCGCGACAUAAAGCCCGACAACUUCCUGAUAGGGCGCGGCAAGAAGAUCUCUAUCGUUUACAUUAUCGACUUCGGGCUCGCGAAGAAAUACCGCGACCCCAAGACUGCGCAACACAUUUGUUACCGUGAGGGUAAAAACCUGACCGGUACCGCGCGUUAUGCAAGCAUAAACACGCACCUCGGCAUCGAGCAGAGCCGUCGCGACGACAUGGAGGCGCUGGGUUACGUGUUACUGUACUUUAUGCGAGGCUCCUUGCCGUGGCAGGGUCUGAAGGCUACUAGCAAGAAGGACAAGUACGACAAGAUCAGCGAGAAAAAGAUAGCUAUACCCGUUGAUCUGCUGUGCAAGCAGCUUCCGUUCGAGUUCGUGACGUUUAUAAACUACGCGCGCUCUUUGCGGUUCGAGGACCGUCCGGACUACUCCUACCUACGUCGUAUUCUGAAGGACCUGUUCUUCCGUCAAGGAUACCAGUACGACUUCAUCUUCGACUGGACGUUCCUGCACACUGCACAGUUGAUGCACACGAUGAUGAACGAGGACAUCGAGCGCUUCGAGCGGCUGACCAAGGACCGCGAGCGCGAGACUGAGGAGCCCAAUUCCAGGCCCGCGCUGAAGAACAAGUAG